AUGGAAGACGAAUUGCAUUGCAUCGCCUGCAAGCAGCUGUUCAAUAAUCCAGUAUUGUUGCCUUGCUACCAUGCGUUGUGCCUGAAUUGUGCGGUACACGCACAGCGGCCGCUGGAGCCAACUGCACCUCAAGAGAAUAGCGGUAACUCGACUACUAGCGGCAGUAGUACAGCCGAAUCGCAUGCGUCCGACUCUCAUCCGGAGUCAGACAAACUGUCCAUACUCAGCGAGACGGACAGUGGCGUAGUGUGCAAUAGCCGGCCGAAUAGUUACCUGGGCACAUCCAAUCAUAUCGGAGGAGGCAUCAUUGCGUUCCCUCCGGUCAUGGCUGGUUCGUAUUCGCUGUCAUGUCCGGCUUGCAGGAAGACCGUGUACUUUGACGAAAAUGGAGCUCACAACCUGCCAAAGUAUAGGACAAUGAGAAAUAUUGUUGACCGUUACGGCGAGCUUAGGCACAUUGUGCCCAAGUGUCAGUUGUGCGAAUGCGAACCAGCUGCCGAUGCUACUGUGCUGUGCGAGCAAUGUGAGGUGUUAUACUGUGACUCGUGCCGUGACAACUGUCAUCCAUCCAGGGGACCUUUGGCCAAACACAACCUGCUGGAGCCGACUGUUGGCAAGGUAGCACUCAGGAACAAAAUUAGAAACAGAGACAUCAUUUGCAAUGAACACGAAGAAGAGUGCUUGUCUAUGUACUGUAUGGUUUGCAAGACGCCAGUGUGUGCCGUAUGUAUGCAUGAAUCGAGGCAUUCGAGUCACGACGUCCAAGCCAUCAACACCAUGUGCAAAGCUCAAAAGACGGAACUAUCUCAAAAUCUUCAACAAUUGUCCGAAAAAGCUCGAACUACUACAGAGUUCAUUCAGAGGUUAAAGCAAAUGUCUGAAAAACUUAAUGGUGAGUGCGAAGAACUAGAGCGACAAGUGGACGCCAGGUGUGAUGCGCUGAUCCGGUCCAUCGAGAGGCGGAGACAGUGGCUGAUCGACGCGGUGCGACAAGACAAGGAAAUCAAACAGCGGUCGUUGAAGGACCACGUAACCAGCUGUACGUGUAAGCUGCAGAAAACCACGUCCCUGUUGCAGUUCUGCAUCGAGGCUCUCAAAGAAAACGACCCCGUUUCGUUUUUACAAGUCGGAUCCAUGUUGAUAGCCAGAGUUUCGAACACGGACAUGACCUGGCACAAGGACGUAUUGCCGUCUCCUCGUUCAUAUCACCAGCUGGAUUUGACCCUGGACGAUAACACUGUGUUGAAAGCUAUUGAGCACAUGAAUUUUAUACAAAUGAAAACUAUCGGGGACGGAGAAGACAUGAAGGCAACAGCUCCGAGCGCGGCGCUGAUCAUCGCCGAAGAGUGCAGCGCUGAGAACAAUAGCGUUACGAUCGCGUGGCAACCACCAGCUUCUUCGUACGUCGAAGGUUACGUGUUGGAACUGGACGACGGCAACGGUGGAGACUUCAGGGAGGUAUAUUGCGGCACGGAAACCAUCUGCACCGUUGACGGGUUACACUUCAAUUGCACGUACAACGCCCGAGUAAAAGCGUUCAACAGCGCGGGCGAAGGCGAGUACAGCGAAGUAAUAGGAUUGCAAACUUCUGAAGUGGCUUGGUUCACGUUUGACCCGUGCUUGAGCUCACCCGAGCUGUGCUUUACACCUGACAACAUGACGGUGACUUGCGAAGGAUUCGAGCACCGCGUGGCCUUGGGAAGCGUCGGGUUCUCCAGAGGCGUCCAUUACUGGGAAUUUACAAUUGACCGAUAUGACGCCGAUACCGAUCCAAGUUUCGGCGUGGCUAGACUUGACGUGUCCAAAGAGGAAAUGCUAGGCAAAGACGAAUUUGGUUGGAGCAUGUACAUCGACAAACAGAGGUCUUGGUUUAUGCACUGUCGUAGUCAUGAGCAGAGGUGUGAAGGUGGCAUCCAGGUGGGAUCCACAGUUGGUGUACUCUUAGAUCUGAACAAACACCAAUUGUCUUUUUUUGUGAAUGAUGAACCACAAGGCCCAGUGGCUUUCAAUGGUUUGUAUGGUGUCUUCUAUCCAGCGGUCAGUGUUAACAGAGGUGUUGCUGUUACGCUGCAUACAGCCAUCGACGCUCCCAGUGACUUAGAAGACUGUUAAGACUUUUUUACUUCUCUAUUGUAUCUUUUCGAAUAAGGUGUCUACUGUACUGCAUAAUAAUAUAAAAGUUGACAAUUUAUGCAGGCAUUAGGUCGAUAAGAUUUUUUUUUUAAUCAUAAGAGUAUUUUUUAUUUAAAGUUUCUAUCAAAAGUUAUACGAAUCCAAUA